GAACAUGUACAUGUUCUGUUGCACUCGGUGGAGCUCCAUGCAAGCAUCAGGCUGCAGUCACGAUUUAUGCGCAGAAUAUUAAUUUUAAUAUAAUUGCAGGCACAAUUGUUGAAGAUACACCAUUUUUUGCAUCUUUACGGGCAUCCAACAAUGAAUGGGUUAGUGAAAUAGUCAGUGGUCGAAGUAAUCAAAAUGAUGAAAUGACAA